AUGCCAAUAGACAAUAGAAAUUUAAGAUUCUUCACAUUUUUGGAGUCAAUAAUUUUGGGAUGUUGGAAAAGAUUAUGUCAAGUACGUUUGCCUAAGUUCCUUCACUUUUUGAGGGCUCGCCAGGAUGAUGGUUUGUGCAAACGUAAAACUGGUUUCGAAAUCUAUUCCGAAAUGGCCAGUAUACAUGGCUUUCAUAUAUUUGUUGGGGCCAGGACAUGGCAACGGAUUUUAUGGUGGUGUGUCAUAUGCCUGGCGGUUCUAAUGUCUAUCAUUGUAAUCACAAUGUUGCUAAUGAUUAAUCAGGAUAAGCCGACAAUACGAUUUAUAGAGAGCAUGAUGAUACCCACAUCAGAGAUGCCCUUUCCAGCUGUAACCAUAUGCAAUAUGAAUAGAAUAUCCAAAAAGAGUUUAUUAAAGAAAGCACGAGAAUCAAAUGUGACGGAGGAAACUUUGCGUGGAAUUCGUGGGUUUAGCUUAGUAAACAUGACUAAUCUGAAUUGGACCCAAUUAUUGGAAGAACUUUCUCCGAAGAUUUGUGAACAAAUUGUAAAUUGUAAAUGGGAAGGAGAUGCAAAGAUUUGCCAUACCCUAUUGCAUUCGGUUUGGACGCAGGAACAAAGAAUUUGUUGUUCCUUUAGCAAACAAUCUCUACCAAUCUAUACCUCACACCAUGGUUCCGCCAAGGGUUUGAGUCUUCUCCUAGAUCCUCAAACUGAAGAUUAUGGUAAUGUUAAUUUUGCCUCAUCUGGUUUUGAGAUCUUGGUACAUGAAUCGCUGGCAGUGGUGAAUGAUGCCACACAAAGGUUUUAUGUUCCCAGCGGUUCAGAAACACAUCUUAUGAUCAAAGUCUUUGGCACUCACUCUGGAAGUCAAUUAAGAAGUUUACCUUUAGACAAGCGUCGCUGUUAUCUAAAAGACGAGCGGCAAUUGUUCCAUUUUGAUGUUUAUAGACAAAUUAAUUGUCUGGCCGAGUGUCGCAGUGAACGAAUCUAUGAGAUUUGUGGCUGUUUGCCUUCACAUUUACCUCGUCGAAGCGAGUGGCCAGUAUGUCAAGUGGAGCAAUUGAAGUGUUUGCAAUUACAUGCCACUGAUCUGGCUGGAGAGAUUAUAGACAAAGACAGUGGAAGUUAUCUGUGCAAUUGUCUGCCACCUUGUGACUUUUAUCGCUAUGUAAUACAACCUGAUGUCAGAAGAAUGUAUAAUUAUAAUGACACUGGCUCUAAUUCAUCAAAAAAGGUUCUUGUUCAUGCCUACUACGAUUCACCCAUUGCUGAGCAGAUACGUUUGGAUGUCUCUGAGAAUUGGUUGCAGUUCAUAGGCAAUAUUGGCGGUAUAACCGGACUAUUUAUGGGCUGCAGUUUUGUUUCGGUAUUCGAACUAAUAUUCUUUACAUGUGUGCGACCCACUUGUAAUUGGUUAACUAGGCAACAAAUACGGUAUCGUCUGCAACUAGCUAGAAGAACUAAGACCCAAGUAGGGCCAUUAGUUCAACCUAAUUAGGUGCGACUAAUUGUCCAAAGUCAAAG